AUGCUCGGGGCAGGGGCAGAAGCCUCGCAGUUCUCAGUGCCAUCGACAGCAUCCCCAGUGAGCACACUACAGACAUCCCCCCAGCCCCUUCCGAAAUUCCCAGUUCAGCUCACUGCCUUAGGCAAGAGAGGCAGAGGCACUGCGCAGAUCCCUGCGUUCGUCUCGCGCUCCACAACACUACCCAUCUCGCCAAAGGCAGCUUCCCAGGCCUCUGUUGCCCAAGCGCAUGCACAAGGGCUGCAGCAGCAGCAGCCUAGAUCGGCUUCGGAUUUUUUAAGGGCGCGAGCGGACCGCAGCAGUCGUCUGUUUUCGCAGUACCAGGGGGGAGGCCAGCGGCCUCGCAUUUUGUGCACUGGGCUUGGCGUUGUCAGCGCUGCUGGAAUCGGCGUAGAGCGCUUCUGGGAGAACCUGCUGAAAGGACAAAACAACGCUGCCACUGUCUCUGCUUUUGAUCCCAAGGAUAUGGCUUGCACAGUGGCGUACGAGAUUCCUUCCGAGGCAUUCGAUCCCAAACAGUACUUCCGAGAGCCGAAGGAUGCAAAGCGCAACGACAGAUACACGCACUUUGCAGUCGCCGCCAGCAAGCUGGCCCUCCAGGACGCAGGGCUGGACUCUAUGGAGGAUCUCGACAUGAACCGAUUCGGCGUCAUCAUCGGAUCUGGCAUUGGGGGCUUGGGGUUUAUGGAGCAACAAAACAAGGUCCUCCUAAACUCGGGCCCGCGUCGAGUGUCUCCCUACUUGAUCCCCGCUAUGAUUGCAAACACAGCCCCCGCACAAGUCGCCAUCGAGAUCGGAGCUAAAGGACCCAAUCACGGCGCUGUCUCGGCUUGUGCCACUUCGGGGCACGCCAUAGGCACCGCCAUGCGACUCCUCGAGGCUGGCGACGCCGAUAUCGUCCUGUGCGGCGGAGCUGAAGCCUCCAUUACCCCUCUUUCCUUUGCUGGAUUUAACGCUCUUAAAGCUCUUGCCCUUGGCUUCAACGACCGACCCAAAGAAGCCUGCAGGCCGUUCGACAAAGACAGAGCAGGAUUCGUGAUGGGAGAAGGCGCAGGGGUAAUCGUUCUUGAAACUGAGGAGCAUGCAGUACGACGAGGUGCGACGCAAGUGUAUGGACAGCUCGCGGGCUAUGGCGCCACCUGCGAUGCCCACCACAUGACGGCGCCUUCCCCAGAGGGAGAGGGCCUCGCUCGCUGUAUGAACCUGGCUCUUCGGAACGCCGGCGUUGCUCCAGAGGACGUCGGAUACAUCAAUGCUCACGGCACCUCGACGCAUUAUAACGAUAAAUUUGAGACCAAAGCCAUUAAGAAGGUCUUUGGCCCGCAUGCAACAAAGCUGCUGAUAUCUUCGACUAAGCCAAUGACUGGGCACUGUCUGGGAGGUACUGCGGGGAUCGAGACAGUUGUAGCGGCCAAGGUGCUGCAGACAGGCGAUGUUCCCCCGACCUUGAACUACCGCACCCCUGAUCCUGAAUGCGACCUGAACUAUGUGCCCAACCAGGCGGUGCAUGUUAGCGAGCCAAUGAAGGCCGUACUCACGGACACCCUGGGCUUUGGCGGCCACAACGCCGCGCUGGUGUUGACUCCUUAUAGGAAAGCUUAA